AUGACUACCACGCGUACAGUUUCUCUGCCCUUCGAGGCAGUGGACGAUCUCAUCUACGAUGCCCGUGCAGGCGACCUAGAAUCAUUGCAAGCGGAUAUCACGAAAUUUAGUCAAGAAUAUAACUGUUCACCGGCCGAUAUAAUCAAAGCAGCCAUUGAUACAGAAGAUGAGAGUGAAGGAGGCACUGGAUCUUGCCUCCUACACUGGCCGGCAGCCAAUGGAAACACCGAAAUAUUAAAUUAUCUACUUAGCUUGCUCAAAUCUGAAAAUGAGGAACGGGACUCUUCAAAUAUUCAAAUCAUAAAUCAUAAGAACCACUCUGGCAAUACCCCCUUACAUUGGGCCGCUCUCAAUACCCACCUCGAGUGUGUCAAGGCCCUUGUCAAAGCUGGGGCGGAUAUAAUUUUGAAGAAUAACGCGGGCCAUGACGCUGUAUUUGUUGCUGAGCAGUCCGACUGGAAUGCAACUGCAACAACGGAGGACGAGGAUAGGGGAGAGGGAGAGGAUGCUGCAGAGAUGGAAGGAAAUGUGGAGGAAGCCGAAGUCUCCACGCCUCGAGAGGCCACAAAAGGGCAGCAGGUGGUAGAAUGGUUGCUGUCCUGUGAAAAAGGCGCAGAUAUGGAGAAGAGCGCUGUGGAUGAUACCGACGUGCCAAUGGAGGAAGAUGGUGCUGGCUCAAGCAAGUAG